UCCAUCCCCUUCAAAUCCCAAAACCAUCAACAAAUAAUGAAUUCUAUCAACAAUUCCUUAUCAGGGUUUUUCGAAUCUCAUCUUUCAUUCAAUUGAUUUCAAUUUGGUAGAUGCGUCACAAGAAAUCUGGCCUUCAGAUCGGAGAACAACAACUCUCUUCCGAUUUGAAAACCCCUCAAUUUCCAUUCCACGAUAACCCCAAUUUCAAGAGCUACAAAUUGAGAAUCUCCCAUUUACGAAUCCAGAUUCCAACAAAUCUCGAUGAUUUCAAGGAAAGCCCAUCAACUUCAAACCCCACCAACAAUCCUCCUGAAAACAGGCAUCUGCUUAUGAAUCCACAACGAAAAACACACAACCACCAAGGGGAAACUUGUCAUCUCAAGCCUCCGGUUUGUUGUACAUCUUCGGAAGCCUUUUUAGCCACCAAAGAAAUUGCUUUAAAGCUGUUGAAGUUUACCUACCUGAAGCUCUUCUGGAUUAAACUCCCUCCAAGGGUUUUAAUCAUUCUAUGUUUACCUCCAAUUUACUUCUUUUCUUUAAACCAUUAUAGAUCUUUGUAUCUGUAUAUACUCUUUGUAAUAGCCUUUUGUGGUCUCCUUUUGUCUUCCUUCAAUCUCAACAGUCUACAUGCCUCUAAUAUUCCAUCGAUCCGGCCAUACAUUGCCCGAAAUUUCCCAUUCUUGAAGCUUUCUAAAUCAGAUAAAGCUUCAAAGACAAACCCACCAGUUGUUUGGUCAAUUGGGUCAAAGACCCGAUUUGAAGAACAUACAACUUCAGGGUUCUUGGUGAAGGUUUACAGCAAUGGGGAUGUUUAUGAGGGUGAAUUUUAUAAAGGUAAGUGUUCUGGAAGUGGUGUAUAUUACUAUAACUUGAAUGGGAGAUAUGAGGGUGAUUGGGUUGACCAGAAGUAUGAUGGGUAUGGUGUGGAGACUUGGGCAAAAGGGAGCCGAUAUCGAGGCCAGUAUAGGCAAGGAUUGAGGCAUGGAUAUGGGAUCUAUAGGUUUUACACUGGGGAUAUGUAUGCUGGAGAGUGGUUCAAGGGCCAGUGUCAUGGGUGUGGGGUUCAUAGUUGCGAAGAUGGGAGCAAGUAUUGUGGGGAGUUCAAAGGGGGUGUCAAACAUGGGCUUGGUCACUACCGUUUCAGAAACGGGGACACGUAUGCUGGAGAGUAUUUUGCAGACAAAAUGCAUGGUUUUGGUGUAUACCAUUUUGCAAAUGGGCAUCGAUAUGAGGGUGCUUGGCAUGAAGGAAGAAGACAAGGUGUUGGUUCAUAUACGUUCAGAAAUGGAGACACUCAAUCAGGCCACUGGGAAAAUGGUGUUCUUGGAGUUUCAGCCUCUGAGGAUGCAUUUCUUCCAGAAUCUUCUACUUCAGUUUCGCAAGCCAGAGUUCUUAAAGCAGUCCAGGACGCAAGAUAUAUAGCUGAGAAAGCAGUGGGUGUGGCGGAGGUGGACGAGAGGGUGAACAGAGCCAUCACAGCCGCUAACAGAGCAGCCAAUGCAGCAAGAGUGGCAGCAGUUAAAGCCGUCCAAAACCAAGUUCAACACCAUGAUGAAACUGGUGAUCUCUCACUGCCCAUCAUCUGAAGGGAAAGCGGUAUCGUCUGAUUCCCACAAAGAUAAAAAGUGUUGAAUGCAAAUAAACUGCAUUUAUUUCAACCUUUUCUGGGAAUUUUUUCACUUUAACUGCCUCUUCUUCUUCCUCAAAGUAAUGGUGGUUAAUGAUGAUUGAAGAUAGGAGGAGCACAUAGGAUCCUUAUAAAUAACUAUGUUUUUAUAUGAAUGACAAGUGCACUGAACUGAAGUGUUCUUUGUAUUUUAGUAGAGUAUAUGCAUAUUUACUGCAUAGCCACCAAGCUUCAUGAGAACUGGCCUGCUUUUUUUCUUGUGGCCUGUAAAAUGUUGUCUUUAUUGGAAAAAUGAAUCAUCAUAGCUAGAUUUGUAU